ACUAUAAAAGCUCGGCGUAGUAGUAUGAACGAUUUAGUUUAGAUGUGUACUUGUUUAACGGCACAUCAAUUGAAUGAAUGUGAACUACUAAAGUCUCUCUCUUUUUAAAACAAUUUUUAUUUUGAAUAUUAUUACUGGUUAAGUGAAAGUAGUGGAGAAAAAUGGCGGGGACAGUUGCUGCAGAAGUGACUCCUUCAAGCAUUAUGGCUGCAAGUAGUCUAUUCUACUUUCUUCUCAUACCAGCUUUAACAUUGUGGUUUGUUUAUUGGAAAUUAUCGCGAAGGCAUAUGUUAGAAUUAGCCAAAACAUUGCCGGGUCCAGAUGGAUUACCAAUUAUCGGAAAUUUAUUGGAUUUAGUCGGAACAUCACACUCUGUCUUCCAGACAGUCGUAACAGAGGGCGAAAAAUUCGAACACGUUGCCCGGUUAUGGCUGGGUCCAAAAUUGGUGGUGCUUCUGUUCGAUCCACGCGACGUUGAAUUGAUAUUGAGUAGUCAAGUCUACAUUGACAAAUCUUAUGAAUACAAAUUCUUCAAACCGUGGUUGGGUGAAGGACUUCUGAUCAGUACAGGUCACAAAUGGCGUUCACAUCGGAAAUUAAUUGCACCAACUUUCCACUUGAAUGUGCUGAAAAGUUUCAUCGAUUUGUUCAAUGAAAAUUCGCGUCAAGUUGUGAAAAAAUUGAAUACAGAAGUGGGCAAAACGUUUGAUGCUCAUGACUAUAUGAGUGAAGCAACUGUUGAAAUUCUGUUAGAAACGGCUAUGGGAGUGUCCAAGAAAACUCAAGAUCAAUCUGGUUACGAUUAUGCAAUGGCCGUCAUGAAAAUGUGCGACAUUUUGCAUGCCCGUCACAGAAGCUUGUUCUUGAGAGCUAACUGGAUAUUCAAUUUGACCAACUAUGCCACCAAACAGGUGAAACUUUUAGGCACAAUUCAUGGCUUGACGAAAAAGGUCAUUCGCAACAAGAAAUCGGCAUUCUUGAAAGGAACUCGUGGUUCAUUGGCUCAAACUGAAAUCAAAACGACUGAAGCCAACUUGAAGUCAAAGUCGGCAUUAACAUCUGUUGAAGGUUUGUCGUUCGGCCAAUCAGCUGGUCUGAGAGACGAUCUGGAUGUGGAAAAUGAGGAAAAUGAUAUUGGAGAGAAGAAGAGAUUGGCGUUUUUGGAUCUGUUGUUGGAGAGCGCCCAGAAUGGCGCUUUGAUCACCGACAAGGAAAUCAAAGAACAAGUGGACACCAUUAUGUUUGAAGGUCACGAUACUACAGCCGCUGGAAGUUCAUUCUUCCUGUCCAUGAUGGGCAUUCAUCAAGAUAUCCAACAAAAGGUAGUGGAAGAAUUGCAUGGCAUUUUCGGUGAAUCUGAUCGACCAGCCACCUUCCAAGACACCCUAGAAAUGAAAUACUUGGAACGAUGCUUAAUGGAAACAUUACGUCUUUUCCCUCCGGUGCCUCUAAUUGCUCGACAAAUGAAAGAAGAUUUGAAAUUGGCAUCAGGAGAUUACAUUGUUCCAGCUGGUGCUACCGUUGCUGUUGCCACCUUUAAACUACAUCGAAAUGAGACAAUCUAUCCCAAUCCGACCAAAUUCAAUCCGGACAACUUUUUGCCAGAACGACAAGCUAACCGACAUUAUUAUGCAUUCGUUCCGUUCUCUGCGGGACCUAGAAGUUGUGUGGGCCGUAAAUACGCGAUGUUAAAAUUGAAAAUUUUGCUGUCGACAAUUUUACGUAACUACAAGAUCCAUUCGGAUUUGAAAGAGGAUGAUUUCAAGCUUCAAGCCGAUAUCAUAUUGAAACGGGAGGAAGGCUUCAUGGUGCGACUUCAGCCACGUGAAAAGAUGGCUAAAGCAUAAACCUAAAGACGGAUUUAGGAUUAAUUUUUAAAUUAUUUAUCAUGUUUUUUAUGCGAAUGGUCUUUAAUAAAGAAAACGAGGAUCAUUGAAUGGUA